ACACGUGUUUGUGAAUUAAAACGCCACAUGCUUAUGCAUGUGUGUGUAUGAAAAUUAGCAACAAAAAAUAAGAACAACGCUCGCCAAAAAGGAAAAAGUCAAAAAAUUCAAGACCUCUGCUAAAAGUGUGUUGUUCGGUUUUUCGGUGCAAAAAAAAAAUCAAAAACACAGCGCUUUUUGUUUGAAAUUGUUUCGGAAAAGGAAGUGCUAGUUGCAAGUGAAUCCUGGUAUCUGGUGUCGGUAGAAAGGCAGCACUUUCGGGAAGUGAUAAAUCCAAGCCUUUAUUUGCGAGUUCUUUGAAUUGGGGUAAAAGGAUUUCCACAUCUGCUGCUGCAUCUUCGGAAGCAAGAAAGAAAACCCCAAAGGAACAUCACCGUAGUAAAGCCGGGUUCUCUUUAGUGGCAGUUGGUUUAGCAGCGGCGGUGACAGCGGAAUAAGGCAAAAUGGCGAAUAUGGCAGUAUCCCGUAUCAAACGAGAGUUCAAGGAGGUUCUUAAAAGCGAAGAAAUUGUCCAAUGUUCUAUCAAAUUAGACAUAGUCAACGAUAACUUUACAGAAUUGCGCGGUGAAAUAGCCGGACCUCCGGAUACUCCUUAUGAGGGCGGUAAAUUCCUGCUCGAAAUCAAGGUGCCUGAAACGUACCCUUUCAAUCCACCGAAGGUUAAAUUCAUCACAAAAAUCUGGCACCCGAACAUUUCUUCCGUUACCGGAGCCAUUUGUCUGGACAUCCUGAAAGAUAACUGGGCAGCUGCUAUGACACUGCGAACGGUUUUGCUGUCGCUGCAGGCCCUGCUGGCCGCUGCCGAACCGGACGAUCCCCAGGAUGCCAUAGUGGCCACACAGUACAAAGACAACCACGAGAUGUUCAUCCUGACCGCCAAGCACUGGACAAACGUGUACGCGGGGGGACCUUGCCGCAAUCCGGACUUUGACCAGAAGGUGCAACGAUUGCGUGACAUGGGAGUGGCCGAUUAUGAAGCGCGGGCCGCUCUUUCCAGGCAUAAUUGGCACCUCGAGCGCGCAUCCGAACAAUUGUUUAGUUAGUUUUAUCGAAUCUGUGGAUUGCUAUCUCGUAUUCCUGUCUGUUCUGUCAGUGAAUUGGUUUCCGGUUUUCUGUAAAAUUCUUGUCAAAUUAUAAAACAUGUUCUGGUUAAAUUGCAAAGCAAGGCAGUCAAAUAUUGUGUACUAUUGUCAUCUGUUCCGAAGUGCGUAAUAUAUAAGAAAGAUAUUUGAUAUACUAAUAAUUUCACGAAGAAUAAAAGACAAGCAUGUAACAUUAACACUAAGGAGCUUGCUGCUGAGGAUGGAGGAAGGUGAUAUCUUUUAAAUAAAUAGAAACCCAUUGAUGAUUACGCUACUUA